AUAUCAUAUAUGAGUAUCCUAAGGAGAGCGAUAGUGCAAUACCCGUAGUAACAAAAGAGGUGACACAGCGUCCCGUGGUAGUUUACGUAGACAAAGUGCCAGAAAGUAAAAAACCCGUUGAAAUUGAUUCCGUUGAAGAACCUUCUCAACCAGUCAUAAUCGCACCGAAACCAGAACCAAUUAAUUACGUCGUGGAAAAACCUGAGCCAGAUUAUAACAGCUAUGAAAACACAAUUGAUGAACCCAAAAACAACGAACCAGACAGUAAUGUUCUGAAACAAUCAUUUGAUAAUCUCCUUAAGCAGAUUCCACCUUUUAAACCGUUAAGACCACAGGCAGUUUAUAAACCAAAAGUUGAAAAUCGUCCUUCUUUUGUUAAACCAGCUCCAAAUAAUAAUGUAAUUAUAGUACCGGUUCAAACUGAGCAUCAUAACACAUAUGUAUAUAAGCCUAGAAAGGAAAGCCAUCCUUUUGUAUAUCACAGGGCUACUAGAAAACCUUACAAACCCACAUACAUUGUAAAACCUCAUUAUACACAUGAAAGAAAACCGUUAAAGAAAUAUAGAGAAAGAUCUCAUAAACCAAUGUAUGAUGAAGACAAGCUUAGGAAAUCGUUUGCGAAUCUUAAUAAUCAGUUAAAUAAUAUGCAGUCGAAAUCUAAGCCCGUCCAGGAACUACCAGGAACAUAUGGAAUGAAUCUACAUAACGAUAAAGGAUACAUGUGGAAUGACUUGAAUCCGCCACAAGAUACAGUUGUUAAUGUUGGUGAAGGUGAACAUAAGAAUAAACCAGCACACGAAGGUAAUUACGUGGUACCGGAAUCUACUGAAGCAACCGAGCCAACAUCACAGUCAGCCGAACCCAACAGUUCUGCAGAAUCUCAAUCAAACGAGCAACCAUCUUCAUCAAAUGAGCAACCAUCUUCGUCUUAUGAACAACCAUCUUCGUCAAAUGAACAACCAGAUUCAUCAAAUGAACAACCUUCUUCAUCAAAGGAACAACAAUCUUCGUCAAAUGAGCAACCCUCAUCAUCAAAUGAAGAACCAUCUUCAUCAAAUGAGCAACCCUCAUCAUCAAAUGAAGAACCAUCUUCAUCAAAUGAGCAACCGUCUUCGUCAAAUGAACAACCAUCUUCGUCAAACGAGCAACCCUCAUCAUCAAAUGAAGAACCAUCUUCAUCAAAUGAGCAACCGUCUUCGUCAAAUGAGCAACCCUCAUCAUCAAAUGAACAACCAUCUUCGUCAAAUGAGCAACCCUCAUCAUCAAAUGAAGAACCAUCUUCGUCAAAUGAACAACCAUCUUCGUCAAAUGAGCAACCCUCAUCAUCAAAUGAACAACCAUCUUCGUCAAAUGAGCAACCCUCAUCAUCAAAUGAAGAACCAUCUUCAUCAAAUGAGCAACUGUCUUCGUCAAAUGAACAAACAUCUUCGUCAAAUGAGCAACCCUCAUCAUCAAAUGAAGAAUCAUCUUCAUCAAAUAAGCAACCAUCUGAAGCGCAUAAAAAACCAUCUCCGUCACAUAACCGCCAUAAACCAUCUCACCCGCAUAAGAGACCAUCGCACACACAUGAAGCGACUAAGAAACCUGCUACAGAGAAACCGAAAGAGGAACCUUCAAACAAAUCAAAACCAAAAAGGAACACUGAGAAAAAUUACAAAAAAGACAAAAACAGUCCAGCUGAAAAAUCAAGCGAACCGAAGGCUAAUAAAAAUACUUCCAGUAAUUCAAAACGCAAACAGAAGAGCAACAAACCUGCACAUAAGUCCCCUGCAAGUAGUAAUGAAGAUAAGGAAAAACCUUUGGAAUCAAAUGGUCCAUCAAAUAAUAAUAACACCUCAGUUAAUGUACACGCUGGCACAAUCUACGGAAACACAGUGGGCAAGGAUCAUAUUAAAAAUGUAUUUAAUUUCUAUAAUGGCCAUGGUACUAAUGGAAAUGAAGGUGCAAGUAAUAAUAAACCCGCAAACGAUAAUUCAAACGGCGAUGAAAAUAAAAAAGCAGAUAAUUCAAAAGAGGAGAAACCAUCUAGUGAAGAAUCAAAUAAAAAAGACAACGAUUCUAAUGAAAAAAUGAAGCCAAAAUCAAAAUCUUUACCUACUGAUGACAAUUCAUCGGAUGAAAAUUCUGAUGAAAAUGAUAAGAAAGCAAGCAAGGAAUCCAAAGCUCCACACAGAAGUGAAUCAAGUCCAGAAAAUGAAAGAGACGACGAGAACAAUAGUUCACCAGAUGAAAAUUCUACAGAAUCGAAUGAAAAACCAAACAAAAAAUCCAAACCUGAAAAUAAGGCAUCAGCCGAUAAAAAAAGAGAACCAAAAGAAAAGAAAAACGAUAGUAUAGAUAAUAAUUCAUCUAAUGAUUCAUCUGCUGAAGCUAGUAACGAAUCUAAAAAGAAACCUGAAACAAAUCCCGAAAGCAAAGAAAAACCAAGAUCUGAACAUAAAAAAGACAAAGCAGAAAAACCUGAAUCAAAUACUGAACCAUCUAGUGAAGAAUCUAAUAAAAAAGACAACGAUUCUAAUGAAAAAAUGAAGCCAAAAUCAAAAUCUUUACCUACUGAUGACAAUUCAAUGGAUGAAAAUAAUAAGAAACCAAGCAAAGAAUCCAAAGCUCCACACAAAAGUGAAUCAAGUCCAGAAAAUGAAAGAGAUGACGAGAACAAAAGUUCACCAGAUGAAAAUUCUACAGAAUCGAAUGAAAAACCAAACAAAAAAUCCAAACCUGAAAAUAAGGCAUCAGCCGAUAAAAAAAGAGAACCAAAAGAAAAGAAAAACGAUAGUGUAAAUAAUAAUUCAUCUAAUGAAUCAUCUGCUGAAGCUAGUAACGAAUCUAAUAAGAAACCUGAAACAAAGCCCGAUAGCAAAGAAAAUCCAAGAUCUGAAAAUAAAAAAGACAAAGCAGAAAAACCUGAAUCGAAUACUGAACCAAGUAAAGAAAAAGAGCCUAAAAGUGACAAGUCAGAAGCUGACGAGAAAAAACCUAAUGAAAAACCAAAUAAAAAAUCCAAACCUGAAAAUAAAGCAUCAACCGAUAAAAAAAGAGAACCAAAAGAAAAGAAACACGAAAGUGUAGAUAAUAAUUCAUCUAAUGAAUCAUCUGCUGAAGCUAGUAACGAAUCUAUUAAGAAACCUGAAACAAAGUCUGAUAGCAAAGAAAAACCAAGAUCUGAAAAUAAAAAAGACAAAGCAGAAAAACCUGAAUCGAAUACUGAACCAAGUAAAGAAAAAGAGCCUAAAAGUGACAAGUCAGAAGCUGACAAGAAAAAACCUAAUGAAAAACCAAAUAAAAAAUCCAAACCUGAAAAUAAGGCAUCAGCCGAUAAGAAAAGAGAACCAGAAGAAAAGAAAAACGAUAGUGUAGAUAAUAAUUCAUCUAAUGAAUCAUCUGCUGAAGCUAGUAAAGAAUCUAAUAAGAAACCUGAAACAAAGUCCGAUAGCAAAGAAAAACCAAGAUCUGAAAAUAAAAAAGACAAAGCAAAAAAACCUGAAUCGAAUACUGAAUCAAGUAAAGAAAAAGAGCCUAAAAGUGACAAGUCACAAGCUGACAAGAAAAAACCUGAAGCGCAGAAAGAAAAGCCGAAAGAAUCUUCAGACUCUAAGAAAGCGGCUGAACCUAAAAAAUCUAAACCGACUGAAGAAAAAAAGCCUUCGAAACCUGAAGAAUCAAAAUCUGCUAAUGGAAAAAAACCUUCAAAAUCUAAAGAAUCAAAACCAGACAAUAAACCAUCCAAAUCUAAAGAAUUGAAACCCGCUACAGAAAAGAAACCUUCAAAAUCUACAGAAUCGAAACCCGCUACAGAAAAGAAACCAUCCAAAUCUAAAGAAUUAAAACCCGCUACGGAAAAGAAACCUUCAAUAUCUAAAGAAUCGAAACCCGCUACAGAAAAGAAACCAUCCGAAUCGAAAGAAUCGAAACCCGCUACAGAAAAGAAACCAUCCGAAUCUAAAGAAUCGAAACCCGCCACAGAAAAGAAACCAUCCAAAUCUAAAGAAAUAAAACCCGCUACAGAAAAGAAACCUUCAAAAUCUGAAGAAUCGAAACCCGCUACAGAAAAGAAACCAUCCGAAUCUAAAGAAUCGAAACCCGCUACAGAAAAGAAACCAUCCAAAUCUAAAAAAUUAAAACCCGCUACAGAAAAGAAACCUUCCAAAUCUAAAGAAUCGAAACCCGCUACAGAAAAGAAACCAUCCGAAUCUAAAGAAUCGAAACCCGCUACAGAAAAGAAACCAUCCAAAUCUAAAGAAUUAAAACCCGCUACAGAAAAGAAACCUUCAAAAUCUAAAGAAUCGAAACCCGCUACAGAAAAGAAACCAUCCGAAUCUAAAGAAUCGAAACCCGCUACAGAAAAGAAACCUUCAAAAUCUGAAGACGAAAAGAAAUCUCCAUAACCUAAAGAAUCUAAAAUACUUAAAGAAACCAGCAAGCAAAAGAGCAUAAUCGUCUACCGGACCUCAAAGUGAAACAACUACAGAUUCAACGGAAGCUCCAACAACUUCUGGCAACAGUUCUGAAGAAACAACAACUGAUUCUUGUAACACAGAACAACCAGCAAGCACUACCGUAGAUCGUACCGUAAAUCGA